AUGAAGGACUCCGGUCGGGCGGUCGCGGAGGGUGUCGUCGACUUUACCAUCACGCACCUGCGAAAAGGCGACUGGAAGCGCUGCCAGGGCCCUUCGGUCGAAUGCCCCUUCGAUGUCAUCCCGCUGCAGUUCAAGUUCAGCCGCGAGCACGCGCGGAAGGUGGCGGCCCGAGCACUUUUUAUACAGGGUCAUUCGAAGACAUACGGCGGGUGCAGGGAACAGGAGUUUUUGAAGCUUGGCGACGGCUUGCCCAGAUACGGAAUCAACGACAGCGACACUCCGUCCCGCCGCAUACGCCCGUGCUUCAGGCCUAGAUCGUCGAGCAAGCGGGAUAGGAGUCCAUCCCCGGAGCCAACUGCACUGAAGACGCAAAAGCUCGAGUUGGAGGAGACCAGCGUCGCGUCCACCAGCAGUGAUUCUUCUAUUCCCAUUCCCUCCUCGCCGUCGGCGGGCGCGACCCCGGGGCCCGUCGUCCCUGAUACGCGAACUUUGCGGAGCCUCCGCCUUGCGCUUGAUCAGUGGAACGUCGUCUGUGAGCUGCUGAUCGCGUCGGCGUUUGCGGUAGACAACGUCCUCUCUGGAUUGCACUGGGACGACGCGGUGUACGCGGAGUUGGAUCGGCUGCAAGGAUUCAACGGGUACGACGCAAUUCGUCGGUUCUUUCCGCGACCGGAGGCGGCUCGCUCGGGCGCUGAGACACCCGCUGCCGGAUGGGUUGCAGUGUAUGAAAACAACGAGGACGGUGAUGGAGAGCUGUAUGAAGACGGUGGGGGAUCAAGACGAUGA